AAUAUCCAUGUGGUUUAUGCCCUUGUUUCAAUUCAAUUUGGAUUAUAAUUAUAAUUUAAUUAGGAGUAAUUAAUAGUAAUUCCUCCCAAUCCCAAUCCAUCCGCAAUUUCAAUCCCUCCCACGCCAGCGUCGAGGCAGACAGAGAUCGAUGGAGAUCCUUAGCCCUUCGCCGCCGCCCAGCCCCGGCCACGCCUCCAGCUCCGCCAUGGACUCCUUUCUCCACAGCGGUUGGCAUCUCCAUCGCCGCGACAACGUCGACUCACGGGUCCACGUCGCCGUCGGGAGGUCGCCGGAGAAGACGCUGGGCCUGCUGCGCUGGGCCUUCCGCCGCUUCGCCUGCGCCCACCUCGUCCUCGUGCACGUCCACCAACCGUCCCCACUCAUCCCUACCCUCUUAGGCAAGAUUCCUGCCGCUCAGGCCACCGAAGAGCUCGUGCUCUCGCAUCGCAAGUCCGACAAGGACGAAAUGACCAAGAUCCUCCACACCUACCUCACCUUCUGUCACAGGGCACAGGUGCAGGCAACUCUUCUUGUCACAGAGAAUGAACAAAUCCAUGAUGGUAUUGUCACUUUGGUCAAACAUCAUGGGAUUACAAGGCUUGUCAUGGGUUCUACACCUGAUUCUUGCUUCAAGUUGAAAGCGAGCUAUGGAAAAACAUCUUUUAUGGCAAAGAAUGCCCCAUCAUUUUGUGAAAUCUGGUUCGUUUGGAGAGGAAGACACAUCUGGACCAGAGAAGCAACUGCAGCCAUUGGCAACAACAAUGCAGUUUACAACGAAGAUGAUGUUAUGAUCAGAAAAAGAAUCAGGUUCAGCUCUACUAGUAACAGUGCUGAACCCAUACUCAACGAAGGAUAUAUUGUGUGCGAGGCAUCAAUACCUGCUGAUCGGUAUGAAAGCAGUAUUUCAGACAAUGGUCAACCUAAUGAUUAUGAACCUCUUGUUGGUGGCAACCAUUUCUACAAUACAAGUGUACCAAAUUUGCAACAUGAACAAUCUGCAUUUAACUCAACGUUCCAGCCUGGUUCUUCUGUACAUAUGGAAUCACUAGUGUUGUAUCCUCAGGAAAUCUUGGAUAAAAAUUUCAAGCAAAUCAUUGUUGAAGCAGAGAGAUCAAGGAAGGAUGCUUUUGUUGAGCUUCUCAAGCGCAAAGAUACAGAGUCAAGAGUGGCCAGUGUUAUUGCCAGGGCAAAAGAUUCUGAGUUUGCUCAAAAACAAGAAAUGAAAAUGCGUGAGGAACUUGAAGCUUUGUUGACAGCCACAAGAAAGCAGCAUGAAGAUCUUGUAAAAGAUAAAGAGAAGGCUACAGCUGGGUUGGACUCUUCGAUGAGAAAACUAGCUAUCCUAGACGCACGUGCUAAAAGCAUAACUAUUCAGAUGAAUGAAGCUGAGGCAGAGCUGGAAUUGAUUCAAUCUUCCAUAGAAACUCUCAAUCAGGGAAAUCCCAAAACAAAAAAAUUAGAACAUUUACUUGCUGAACGGGUUGAAGGGUGCACAAAUUGCAGUUCAACUGUUUGUGCUGAUGAGUUGUACAACUUUAGGGAGUUGACUUUGUCAAAUAUUCAAGCUGCAACAUGCAAAUUCUCAGAAAGCUUCAAAAUACAGCCACGAUGUCUUGGAUGUGUUUACAAAGGAGAGAUUUUGAACAGAAGUGUAAUGAUUUAUAAGUUUCACUCGCGUAUCAUUCAGAGCUCCAUGCAGUUUAAGCAAGAGGUCCACAUCCUUAGCAAGGUGAGGCACCCUCACCUGAUGACUUUGAUUGGGGCGUGCCCAGAAGCAUUGUGUCUUGUGUAUGAAAAUGUGCCAAAUGGGAGCCUUCAUGACCAUCUUUUGAGCAAAUGCGGCAUUCCUCAGUUGCCAUGGAAAAUCCGUGCACGUAUUGUCGCUGAGAUCUCAAGUGCUCUACUGUUCUUGCAUACCUGUAAACCUCAGAUGAUUGUCCAUGGUGACUUGAAGCUCGAAAACAUCCUUUUAGAUGCCGACCUGCACUGCAAGAUAGCUUACUCUGGUAUUUCUCAAUUAUUCAUGGAGGAUGCCAAGGACUCAGAUCCAGAAUACCAACAGAGAAGCAAACUAUUGACACCAAGAUCUGACAUAUACUCAUUUGGGAUUGUGAUACUCCAGUUACUAACUGGGCUGCAGGCUGCAGGCCUUCCCAGCCAAGUAAGACGUGCAAUGUCCAGUGGAAAGCUAUGGUCACUGUUAGAUCCAACAGCUGGAGAGUGGCCUCUGGAGGUGUCAGAAAGGCUAGCAGAGUUUGGCCUCAAGUGCAGUGAGGCAGGAGGUCCAGAGCUGCUGAGUCCAGAGGCUGUGCGAGAUCUGGAACAGCUACACCUGAUGAGGGAUAAUAGACAAGUGCCCUCCUUCUUUCUGUGCCCGAUUCUGAAGGAAGUGAUGCAUGAUCCCCAGGUGGGUGCGGACGGAUUGACUUACGAAGCGCGCGCUAUUUCUAAGUUGUCGGAGAUUGGUCCUCCAAUCAUCCCCAACCAUGCCCUUCGUUUUGCCAUCCAUGACUGGCUCUCUCAGAGCUCAACUCCUUUCUAAAUUUGCCCCGACCUAAGGAUUUGGAUUUUGUAUGUACUACCAGCUGCGGACCUCAUGGUCGAUCUAUCUGUUUAUCAGUAGCACAUGUAUGAUAUCAUGUAACGGAAUAAUAGAAAAAAAUAUAUAUAUUUCAAUUUUAAUGUAU